AUGAUGCUGCCAAAAAUAAAAAUACAAGCAAAUUUAUUUUAGGAAGAGUAGACUAAAGAAAUUGAAUGCGCAUUUUGGAAUUAGAAAUAUCGUGGAUUUUUGAAAACUAAUUUUCUUAUCACAUUUACUAAAUAAUUUCAAUUCAUUUACAAAAAAAUGAAUGGUUAGCUAAUUGGCAUGUAAAAUCAACUCAUUUAAUAAUCAGUGAUUAAAAUUCAGAUGCUUAAUAGAAUCUUGAAGUAAAGAUUAAUUACAAAAAAACCAAACAUUUAAGAUGGUUUGGAAAAUAAGGUUCAAAUGGUUAAAAAUUUGGAAAAUGGUAAGCAAAAUGGAAAGAUGAGAUUUUAGAGAAUGUUGGUGGAGAAUANACCUUCCAUUUUCUAAAUCAAAACCCACUAAAUAUUUAGGCUAGAGUCCUUUUUCAAUUUAAAUAUAAGUAAUAAUUUAUCAUACCCUGA